UCCCCUCUUGGUACAAGGGAACACUGUCUACAACAAACAAAGUCCUGACAAUACUGCUGAAGGAAAUAAGUCUCCCUGAGUCUCUUGCACACUCUGUGAACAUACCGGUAACAGCUUUAUUGCCAUAAAGUAUUUGCAGUAACAGAGGAGGUAUUUAGUUCACUUGUACCAAGGUUACCAAGAAGCUGAGCUUCCACAACCCCCACUGAAGCUAACAAGCGUAGAAACCAUUUAGCACCCCAGAGGAUCCAGCCCAAAGUUGUGCAUCUGCAAGUGUGCAUUUUUGGUGCCUACUAUGUCAGGCUUAUAUUUCAGCUUCAUUUGUAUUAUAUGCAAGUCUUAGUUAAACACCGGUGACCUCACUGGAAGCAGCUGCCAAACCUUGCUCUUGGAGGAGAUCAGAGGAGAGAAAAAACCCAGGAAUCUGAAGUCAUCAGCAGUGGGAUGAGCUUAUUCUAUUCAGGGCUGAGCAGUCAAACAGAAGUUGGAAUCAUUUGUACAACAGGACCCUGGCUGUUCACUGAGUCUCUCUGACUUUUACCUGUUUGGAGGUGCAUUUCCCAGAAAGAGGCUCUCUCCUUUUUCUGAUUCCCUUUUUGAGACCAUCCAAUGAGACUCCAAUAAGGGCUGAAGCCCCUUCUCAGAAUUUGCUCAGGACAAAUUCCAGGUGAUCUGAACACCUUUGAACUGAAGAAAUUCCAGGCUUCUUCUACAAGCAGUAGCUAGACCUUGUGGAAGUUCUGCGCCCUGGGAAGAACCCCCUCUUUGUACAGGGGACACAGUCUACGACAAAAGUCCUGACAAUACUGCUGAAGGAAAUAAAUCUCCCUGAGCCUCUUGCACACACUGAAAACCGUGGUAACAGCUUUAUCCCAGAAAGUCUGAGAUGAUCUCCCUUACAGCAGAAAAUGUUACAGCCUUUCCCAAUGUUGUGACCACUUCGAAGUUGGGACUCAGCCAGUCAGUGUUAUACAACACUUCAGAAAACAGCAACUCCACCUGCCCUACUACAGAAGUAUGGAAUUGGGUUUUCACUUUUCAGCCCAUUUUCCUCUGGAUCAUUUUUAUGUUGGGAGUGAUGGAAAAUGGCUUUGUCCUCAGUGUUUUUUGUUUCCACAAAAGUCGCUGCACAGUGGCUGAAAUUUACUUGGCAAACCUGGCAGCUGCUGACCUGGUACUGUCAUGUAGCUUACCUUUUUGGGCCAUUACUAUCGCGAAUAAGUUUAACUGGCCUUUUGGCACUUUCUUAUGUAAAGUUGUCAAUGCAGCCAGCUAUGCAAACUUUUACUCUAGUAUUUAUUUUUUGACGAUGGUAAGUAUUGAUCGCUACCUGGCCCUAGUGAAAACUAUGUCCUUUGGACGCAUGCGGCGGAGUUCCUGUGCCAAGUGGAAUAGUUUUUUGAUCUGGCUAUGUGCCUUGUUCAUGUGUUCACCCACACUGGUGUUCAGAAGUGUAAGUUAUUUGGAACAGCACAACAUCACAGCCUGCUAUCUUCCAUAUCCGUCCCUGUACUGGUCAGUUGCAACAAACUGUUUGCUGAACAUUGUGGGCUUUUUGAUCCCACUCAUAGUGAUUACUUUUUGUACUGUUCAAAUCAUCAAAGCCUUACGAAAAAAUGAACUGCAAAAACUCAAGGAAAUCCAGACAGAGAAGAGAGCCACCAUCUUGGUCCUUCUUGUUCUUUUAUUGUUUAUCAUUUGCUGGCUUCCUUUCCAGAUCAGCACAAUAAUUGACACACUAGUUCAAUUAAAGGUCAUUACUGGUUGCCUUGUUAAAGAGGUCAAUGAUUUUCUGUCCCAGAUAUCUACAUAUUUUUCUUUUAGCAACAGUUGCCUUAACCCAUUACUGUAUGUCAUUGUAGGCAAGCAUUUCAGGAAGAAGUCCAGAGAAUUGUACAAAGGCUUAUGCAACUGGAAAUGCAACAGAUCAGAGUCCACACAGAUGGAAAGUUCCUUGGAUACUUUAAGAACUUCGAUUUCAGUAGAAAGCUCAAGAAAGAAGUCUGCUGUGUCUGUAGCAUGAUAGCACAGUUUGCUUAUUUCAAUAUCACUAGAAAAUCUCGUAACACAGUGUUUAAGUUGCUAUUCAUAGCCACCUUUUAUGGCACCCCAAUGUGAACAUUGUGGCAUCUGUGCUGAUUCCUGAAAGUUUGGAGAUAUGAUCUCAAUUCUAAAUUCCAGCUAGGCAUCUGCUUCUACUCUUGAUGGACAACAUUUUUCACAAAUAAAUCACAUUUCUUGGCAUAUUUAUAUUUCCAUGGCUGAACUAUAUUUGACACACUAUCAUUUGAAAUGUCUCUAUUUACUAAUGAAGAUAAGUGACUUCAGUUUACAGUUGUCUGCAUGCAGUCAUAUUAUAAUAGCUAUUAUCAGUAUUAAACAGUUAACCAUGCUCUCUGUAAAUUUGAAAGAAAGCAUUUUGAACAGACAGACCAUUUCCAGAUGAGUUGAUGAAGAAUGCAAGAUCCUGUAGAACCAUCAUUUAAAUCAAUUUUUUAAGAGCCUAAUUCCCAGGAUUUCUACCAGUUUUGAUCAAUAAUCAAAAAUUGUGCUUUUUAUAAUUUAACGUGUUUUUCCUUUCUGUAAUUUCUCUGACACUACUGCAGUGGAAUGUCAUGUAAAUCCAUAUCUAUAGAUUAUGGCUCAGUAAAGAGUAUACACCACAAGUAAAAAUAAAGAUAAAGAUAAUUCAGACUUCCCAAAGAGCAGGACAUUUCUACACCUUUGCAAUAUGCUGCAUUCACUAGAGUUAUACAUGAGUAACUGAGAGCACCAUGUGUUUGAAUGGAGGUCAUUUAGAAUGUAAACUCAUCAGAUGUAAAGACUUGGCUCAUACAUUUGCCUGUGAAGUGGGUAGCCAUGUUAGUCUGAAGUCAGGCAUAAAGUUAAUCUCUAAAGGCUCCUACAGACAUGCAGGGAGCCUGUUCUGAUGUGCUGGAAAUGCAGUGUGCCAGAGCAGACUCGAUUAAUCAACUCUGCGGGAGCACGGAAAUUGAUGCUCUUUGGCAGUCCCAUGGCUUAGGGCAUUUUUACACAUGCUCUGAGAUGUGGUGCUGGGCACUUUAAUUAGCAAGCCAUGUUAAUUAAAAGUGCCCAUGCGUCACAUGUAUCAGAGUCCCCAUGCACCCCU